AUGAAUCCACCUCAGCAACGAGACCCAAAUUCAACCCAUUCCUACACAGUAGCAUGGAUCUGUGCCCUGGAAGAAGAGUAUUUCUGUGCAUCUCGUAUGCUUGACGAAGAAUUUGACGGGCCGAAGAUAAUCGAAGACAAUGACGAUAACACAUACAUCUACGGUCGUGUUGCACAACACUUGGUGGUCAUCGGUUGCCUUCCAGCGGGGCAGUAUGGCACCAACUCUGCGGCUCGUGUCGCCCGAGAUAUGGUUCGGACCUUUCCACACCUACGAUUCGCCUUGAUGGUUGGAAUUGGAGGCGGCGCACCGACUACGCAGAAUGAUAUCCGAUUAGGAGAUGUUGUUGUCAGUCAGCCACAUGGGUUUCUCGGUGGAGUGGUACAAUACGAUCUGGGGAAGCUGAAGGAUGGUAGGUUUGAGAAGACAGGUCAACUAAACGCGCCACCAAAACUUCUAGGUGUGAUUCCUGAGAUGCGCAGACUGUACAAUGACAAAAGGAAGCCAGAUAGACUAGCAGAGCAUCUCCUGCGUCUCGAGGAUAUGGAAGAUUACCAACGACCGGCCGUUGAUCGGCUCUAUAUGACAAACUAUCCACACAAGGACGGACAGAAAUGCGAUAAAUGUGAUUCUCGCUCAAUAAUCAACCGUCCAGAGCGCCAGAAUCAUCGUGCACUUUACGUUCAUUACGGAAACAUUGCAUCGGGAAAUCUUGUUCUCAAAGACGCUGCUGUGCGAGAUGAAUAUGCAAAUGACCCGGCGCUCAACAUCCUCUGCUUUGAGAUGGAGGCUGCAGGCCUCAUGAAUAAUGUCCCGUGUUUAGUUAUUCGCGGAAUCUGUGAUUACUGUGACUCGCAUAAGAACGAUGAUUGGCAUAAAUAUGCUGCACUUGUUGCUGCUGCGUAUGCCCGAGAGCUACUGCACGUUUUGCGACCGCAACGUGUGGAUGCCAUGUCACCUUGGGCUGAGCAAGUGACUCAAAAACUUGAGCAAGUUCAGCAGGAGCUGACAAGUCUCAGUGAUACCCAAAGCGCAGUCUUAACAGGCAUUGAAAGAUUGGACCUAAAGUUUGACUGGGGGAAAGUGACAGCUCAGGGAGCGGCAUUUGACUCUUAUGCGAACCAACAUGAAGAUUUAUGUCUUCCGGGUACUAGAACAGACCUUCUUCGACAAGUUCUAGACUGGGUCAAGUCACCAAACGGGAAAUGCAUGUUUUGGUUGAAUGGUAGAGCAGGCACUGGUAAAUCAACAAUCUCACGAUCAGUGACGACAAUGCUUAAUGAUACCAGUUUACUGGGGGCUAGUUUCUUCUUCAAACGGGGUGAGAGUGAUCGCGGCAGUGCAAAGAGGCUUUUCCCGACUAUUGCAAGCCAGCUUCUCAAGACCAUUCCUCGUCUUGUCCCUGGUGUGCAGAAAGCAGUCAAUGAAGACUCGGAUAUUUCAGCAAAGGGUCUCAAACAACAGUUUGACAGACUGCUUUUACAACCACUGUUGGCUUUGGAUUCAUCUGCCUACCCAGUCUCAACUGUGGCGAUAGUGAUAGAUGCGCUUGAUGAGUGUGAUGCCGAUGAUGACAUGCGGCUUAUACUUCAGCUUCUCCCACGUUUACAGGAGUCAAAGGCCGUGCGCUUGAAAGUGUUCUUGACUAGUAGGCCUGAGUGGUCUAUCUUUCAAGAAUUCAGAAAGAUCAUAUAUGAAGAUGUGAUCCUUCAUCAGAUCCCCGAGCCUGUGAUACAGCAUGAUAUAUCUUUGUUCUUGAAGCACCGGCUAGUAAAGAUACGGCAAACACGUUCUUUGUCUUUUGACUGGCCUGGAGAUUCCGAACUCCAAAAGUUGGUCCGCUUGUCAACUCCAUUGUUUAUCUUCGCCGCUACUAUUUGCCGACUACUCGAGGACCCGCACUGGAGUCCGAUAGAAACCCUGAUUGAAGUCCUCUCUUAUCAGGGUUAUGGCUCGCAGCUUAUGGGCACAUAUCUCCCUGUGCUGAAUAGUCUUCUCAAGGGACAAACUAAGCAACAAAAAAACAAGCUUGUUGAACAAUAUCAAGAGAUUUUUGGUACUAUUGCAUUGCUUGAGACCCCACUUUCCAUCGUCUCACUCUCAAAACUGCUCGGUGUCUCUGAGAAGCACAUUCAACAAAGACUCGGCUUACUGCACUCGGUUUUGGAUAUUCCAGAAGACUUCAUCUCACCAGUGCGACUGUUUCAUAUCUCAUUUCGAGAUUUUCUUUUUGAUCCCCACACUUGUGAGGCAACGCCGCUGUGGAUAGAUGAAAAGAAAGCGCACUUCAGGCUGGCUAAUAAAUGCCUCCUUUUAUGUGAAAAGCUGAAAAAGAACAUAUGCGAACUCCCAAAUGACAGAGUACAGCGUGUGGAGAUUGAUCAACAGACAAUAGAUGACUGCCUUUCACCGGAAUUGCAAUAUGCUUGCAGGUAUUGGGCUCAUCACCUGAUAUCGAGUAAAGAUCACUGCAUGGUGGAAAAAACGCUCUCAUUUUUGAAGAAACACUAUUUACACUGGAUUGAAGCAAUGGGUAUCCUGUGUCGUGUCUCUGAUGUUUUGGAUAUUCUUAAUUCUUUGCAGAAAGCCACAAAUGAAAUGGUGAAUUCCCAGCUUUACAAAUUCCUAUAUGAUGCGAAGCGCUUUAUCAUGAAGAAUUACCGAAUGGCGAGUGAUAUACCACUCCAAAUUUACAGCUCAGGGCUUGUCUUUGCACCCCAGAAAUCGAUAGUGCGCAAAAUCUUUGAGAAGGAAAUUCCCAAUUGGAUAUGUCAGCUUCCACUAGUUGACGAAUCCUGGAGCUCAUUAUUGCAGAUUCUUGAGGACGAUUCACGGACAUGUGAUGCAUUGGCAUUUUUGCCCGACGGCAGACUCGUCUCUGGCGAUGGUGAGAAAAUCACAAUCUGGGACGUAACGACUAGUUCCAUCCAACGGACUUUGAAUAGCCAUCUAUCUUAUGUCCGAGCAAUGGCAUCCCCAUUUCAUGGCCAGCUAUUAGCUUCCAAUUCUGAGAUUGAGACAACCUCGCUCUGGAACACGGUGACCCUGCGGAAGACGCUCGAUGGCUUUCCAGAUGUGACCUUGGCUGCAGUCUCGCCUGAUGGUCGGCUAUUGGCAUUUGUCUUGGGUGAAUGGAAGCUCCGGAUUUUGGAUAUAGUAACUGGUGAUAUACUAAAUAUUCAGACUCCUUGGUUUGAGGCUAAAUUUAGGCCAAUUGCAAGGCCUAGAGGCAUCCACUCAAUAGCAUUUUCGCCUAAUGGCCAGCAACUAGCAUCUGGCGCCGGUCCUUGUACGAUACACCUCUGGGACACAGUCACUGGCACCCUACAACGCACUCUUGAUACCUGUGGGAUCUGGGUUUCUUUAUUAAAAUUCUCACCUAGCGGCCGGCAACUAGCGACCGCCUGUGAAUAUUAUGAUCACAGUAUCUUGGUCUGGGACACAGCCACUGGGAUCUUAGAACAGACACUGAAAGGAGAAGACAGGCUCAGGGCUGAUUCAGUGGCAAUUUCACCCAAUGGCCGAUUACUUGCGUCCGGCCACAAUUAUUGGAAAAUCCGGCUCUGGGAUAUAGCGAGUGGCAUUAUACGACAGACUAUCAAGGGAUAUUCAACAGGGCAUGUUUUCUCGCUGGCAUUCUCGCCCGAUAGCCGGCUACUAGCAUCCGGCUCUGAGAAAAUCCUCCUCUGGGAUAUUUCAGUUGAUGUCCGAUACCAUAGUUUGCAAAGCUAUCGUCCAGGGCCAAGGUGGAUGGCAUUCUCGGCCGACGGUCGGUAUCUAGCAACACUCUCUGAGGAUAGCGAAACCAAGCUCUGGGAAACAAAAACUGGUUGUUUAUUACACACUCUAAAAAGUGGUCGGCCAGGAGUGGUUUCAUCGGUGGCAUUCUCGCCUAAUAGCCAACUCUUGGUAGUCAACAUGGGAGAGGAAGGUGGCAUUCGAGUCUGGGAAAUAGCAACCGGUACCGUACUACACACAUUCAGAGAUACUGGGUCAAUUCUUCGAUCCUCUACAUUCUCGCCUGAUAGCAAGCUGCUAGCUACAGGUCCGUAUGAGGGUCAACUCGACCUCUAUAACCCGGAGACCGGUGUUCUACAAGAGACGCUCGGUCUUUCGGGAAAGCUUUCGUCGGCGGUAUUUUCACACGACGGCCGGUUGCUAGCAGCCUGUGAUGAGCAUUGUUCAAUCAACAUUUGGACUCUAGGCACUCCUAAAAGUACUGUGAAAUAUUCGUUUGAAGGAAAUUUAGGAUUGCUUUGGUCCGUGGUGUUCUCAUCUGAUAGUAGGAUGCUCGUGUCCAGCUCUGCUGAUGGUGAUAUCAAACUCUGGGACAUGGCCACCGGCACCUUGCAACAAACACUCAAGGGACAUGAGCGUAUGGUCUGGUCCGUGGCGUUGUCACCCGACGAUCAGUUACUGGCGUCCAACUCUAGUGAUUCUACGAUCCAGCUCUGGGACACCAAGACAGGCAACCUACUGCAGACCUUACGACGCGACGAUUUUAGAUACCCCCUUGAAUUUUCAAAUGAUGGUUUAAUCCUCAACACUGGUCAAGAAUCCAUCUAUGUCCAAUCCCUCAUCGAAGGGAUUCAUUUCUCCUCACAAAAAAGUUCAUCAAGUACAAACAUGACAAUUCUAGAGGAAUGGGACUGGAUAUUCUUGGACGGGGGCAAAGCGUUAUGGCUUCCCCCCGAGGCUCGGCCAUCUUGUUCGGCAAUCAAGGAUAACAAAAUUGCUUUGGCAAAUAACUCAGGUCGGGUUUUUUUCAUCGGCUUUCGGAUGCAAUAG